GUGAUCAUGUCAAAUUUGAAGGCGGUGAAGACUCGUAUGAAGUCUGUGACUUCUAUCCAGAAGAUCACUAAGGCCAUGAAGAUGGUUGCCGCCUCGAAACUGCGUAGUGACGAGGACCGUGUGGUAAACGGCAUGCCCUUCGCUCAACCAGUCAUAGACUUCUUCAAGAGGCUCCCAGUCGACGAGGGCAUCCCUAAGGGCCCUGCCACCAUCCUUGGUCUAACGUCAGACAAAGGUCUGUGUGGGGGAGUCAACUCCUCGAUCACAAAGCGAGCUCGAACAAUGAUAAUGGAAGUGGAGGCCAACGGUGGUACGGCUAAGUACAUAGGGGUUGGUGGAAAGGGCACAGCAGCGUUGAGGAGACUAUUCGCUGACCGCUUCGAAGUCUGCAUGGAAGAUGUACAAAAAUAUCCUUGGAAUUUCGCCCAGGCCAGCGCGAUAGCAGAGCGAGUGAUUCGCAGUAACCCCGAUCGUCUGACCAUCCUAUCGAACCACUUCAAAUCGGUGAUAUCCUUCGAUACGUUGGAAAGUCGCGUGGUCACGCUGAAAGAGUGUCGGGAGAUGGACAGGGGCGAAUGGUCAAAGGCCGUCGACCAGUAUUCUUUCGAGCCCUCGGUUUUCGAAGUGCUUUAUGACCUUCAUGAUUUCUACUUGGCUAACUGCGUCUUCGGUUACAUGCUGGACUCCAUCGCUGCUGAGCAGAGUGCACGUAUGUCCGCAAUGGAGAACGCCUCGAGAAACGCAGCAGAUAUGAUCGAUAAGUUGGAGUUGCAGUUCAACAAGGCCCGUCAGUCGAAGAUCACCACCGAAUUGUGUGAGAUUAUUUCUGGUGCCAGUAGUCUGUAGUCGCCCUAAUCGGUGUCGUAGUACCGAGCUCUGGUGGGAUGGUGGACUCGAAGUCUC